UUUUUUUUUUUCAAAUUAACACAUGUUUAAUUGCAAUAACUGACGCGUACAUUUCGGUCAGUUUUUUCAAUUAGGAAUAAAGUGUUGUCCAACUCCAUCCAGUAUCCGAGCGCCUCAAAAUAACUGUUUUUGAUACGAUUUCGCAUUGUCUGUCAAAAUAAUAAAUUUUGGGCAUAGAAUUUAAAACACCCAUUCUGAGUUUUGAAUUUUCAACAAUACAUCAAGUGAUUUAAACUUGUUAGCUAUCAAUUAAAAAUUUAUACUCCCAAUCAUCGCAUGACAAAACAUUUCAAUUUCGCCAUAUCCGAGCCGAGGUCACGUCCACUUUCUCAACAUUUUCAAACCUCAUAUGCCCUACAUAGUUCGAUUGUAGUUUAUUUUGGAGUUUAUCUAUGACACUUUAUAAGUAUUCACAUAAGGGCAUUGUGGGCGUGGAAUUCAUCCGCCUAUCUAUAAUACCAACCAUCCUUGGGUGCCAAAGAACAUAUGUUCAUGUUUCUUCACGAUAUCUCAAUUUUUACUCAAGUUAUCGCUUGCACGGACAGAAGGGCAGAUUCGGAAUUCAACUCGUCUCGGAUGGCAAGCCAGGAAGAGAUGUGUCAACUUUCAUAUGGUUCAACCUCUUGAGACGUGUUUGGCAAAGACAAGAAAUCCUCAACAACUUUAGAAUGUUAGAAUUUUAUAAAAAGGGUGUACUGAAGGCAGCUGCAACGCUUAACGACAAAGUUAACCAUGAUUAGAAACUGCAGAAGAUAAUUAUC